GCUGAGACUCGCGGCUGGUUGGAGAGCUGGUGACAAAACACUUCAGAUUUGCCCCUGAAAAACGCCGAGGAAUAACCUGACGGACACUAGUUCAAACUGCUCAAAUUCCUCAGCAGCGCUUAUCCUCGAAAGUACCAAGGAGAGCCUCUACCGUCUCGGCAGAGACCGGGAAGUGGUCAAACAAUGGACUCAGAGAGCGCGUUUUAUCGCUGGAUGGUCACGGAACGGGACUGAUGUUUUGCUGCACGGACCGGGCCGUGGAGCUACAGAGCGAAGGGAAGGACAGCUGAAGAGAAAGAGACGGCGCUCCACAAAGGAGGGCAAAGCAGGACGCGUGUGUGCAGCAGAGAAGCAGCGCCCUAGAUUUGAAUAACAUCUGAGUUACUCUGUCAUUCGGUCUUCUUUCAUGCUGUCUCGGGCAGCAGUUUCUCAGCCCGCACCUGGAAAAACAAAGGAAAAGGCGUUCAGUGGCGGCACAUCUCCAUGCGUAAAUGGAGACGCAUCGGCGCGUAUUGGCUGUGCUCCUUCACAAUGAGUACAAUAAAUGAUGUUUGUUUUGUCACUAACUCAUGUCCUGUCCCAUGACCACACUGCUAUAGAUGCAUUAUAGACUUCCUCAUACUUCAUAUCUGCCAUGAGUGAUGGCGAUGCCUGCAGAGUCUGACAGCACCGGUGCGCAGAGCAGCACUCAUGAAAAAAGCGCACCGGAUCGCAAUGGUUAUGUGAAAACAUGUGUCAUCCCACUGUGCCGUGACCGAGAUUACGAGUCGUGGGUGAGGCUAAUGUUCAAAAAAAUAUGGAGUUUCCAGAGACUCCGGAGUGCGGUGUGCGUGGGGUCGCUUUCGGUUUUUCUCGCUCUGUUGGUCAAAUGUGCAGACUGGAAAGCUGAAGCCAACAGCAGCAGCAGCGCUGACAACAGACUCUCGCAUUCAUCGUCUCCCCUUCACUUCGUCUCAGGCUGCGCGGCGGAGCUGUUGCAAACUUGCUGGAGUGUUGUUUCCCCAUUGUUCACCCUCGUAUGUGCCUUCUUUUGGGUCGGUGUCUACUUAAUCCGCUGCGGAGUUCUAAUCCAGACCGCCCUCUCCCUCUUAACCUUGUGCCACCUGGGCGAAGCAGCGGCGUGGACUCUCCUGGACGGGACAGAUGAGCAGCUGUUUUCAUUCACGACAGCAGUCGUGGUCGUGCUCAUCUGCGUGGCCACCGGCGCACUCAUGGUAGCACGACUGAAUCAGGGCAUAUCUGUGAUCUUUUUCAUAAGCCUGGUCAGGACCAUCUCACUCUUCUCGCUGCACAAAGUACGGGCCACUUGGAGACCGUACGUAGCGUACCUGGUUGGAGUGCUGGGCAUCCUGCUGGCGAGGUAUGCUGACAAGCUCCUUCCCAACCAAGGGAGACACAAGGAGGGCUGCACCCCCGUGACUGGAGCCAGGGAAGAGAUCCCUGUAUUUAAAAGGCGCAGGAGGUCCAGUUCUGUGAUAGCCUCAGACAUGGCACACAGUCAGUCCAACAGUAAGUCCCAUCGCCGGACCUCUCUGCCAUGCAUCCAGAGGGACCAGAUGCUCCCCCGCUCCGAUUGGGACCACAAGAGAGGCUACCGAGGAUCACAGUCAUCAGGCACAACUGUCAUGGUGGACAUAGCAGUGAUGGGAGAAGCCCAUGGACUAAUCACAGACCUGCUGGCUGACCCCUCUCUACCCCCCAACACCUGCACCUCACUGCGGGCAGUCAGCAACCUGCUAACCACCCAGCUCACCUUCCAGCCGCUGCACCGGCCACGCCCUGCUCCCUUGCUUAACCCCAGUGAUGCCUACACCCUCUCCGACUCAGAGGAGGGACCUGAGAAAGGAGAGAAGACGUCCAUCCACAGGCGUCUGAGGCGGAGUCUCCACCCCGGUCUUCUGAGGAGGAUCUCUUCCACGUGGACCACCACCACCUCCGCCACAGGCCUGCCCACCAUCGAGCCCGGUCCUGUCCGAAGGGACCGCAGCGCCAGCAUCAAACCCUACCAUGAAGCACUCACCUGCAGCUGUGGGAGACCGUACAUCAGACUGAGCCAUGGGGAGGGCUCCAUAGAUAAGGGAGACAGGAUACCACGGUCAGCAGAGGACCAAGUGGUUGCGUCAUCCGACUAUGACAGCACGCACGAGGCCAACCACAGUGACAGCAGUGAUGUAGCACAUACGGAGGAGGACACAGAGGAAGGAAAAAACCCUGCCCAGAAUGUCAUCCUCCACCCACUAAUACCUCCUGAGGACAAACCAAUUCUGGCUCCAGAGCCGUUAAUAAUGGAGGACUUGGAGCCUCUGAUGAGUCAGCUAAACAAUUGGAACUUUCCCAUCUUCAAUUUGAUGGAGAAGACCAAUGGGAAAUAUGGGCGGAUCCUCAGUCAGGUCUCCUACAGGCUCUUUGAAGACACUGGCUUGUUUGAGACCUUCAAGAUCCCUGUAAAAGAAUUCAUGAACUACUUCCAUGCCCUUGAGAAUGGUUACAGAGACAUACCAUAUCACAACAGGGUUCACGCCACAGACGUGCUUCAUGCAGUCUGGUACCUCACCACGCAGGCUGUGCCCGGUCUGCCCAGCCUCAUCACUGACCACGGCUCCGCCAGUGACUCAGACUCCGACAGUGGAAUAACACACAGUCAUAUGGGAUUCCUGGUGUCAAAGACCUACACUGUGUCAGAAGACGGUUAUGGCUGCCUGUCAGGCCUCAUACCUGCUCUGGAGCUCAUGGCCCUUUAUGUGGCUGCUGCAAUGCACGACUACGACCACCCCGGGCGGACCAAUGCUUUCCUCGUGGCCACCAACGCCCCACAGGCCGUGCUCUACAAUGAUCGAUCCGUUCUGGAAAACCACCACGCUGCCUCGGCCUGGAACCUCUUCAUGUCGCAGCCAGAGUACAACUUCCUCGUCAACCUGGACCACGGAGAGUUUAAGCGUUUCCGUUUCCUGGUCAUUGAGGCCAUAUUGGCCACUGAUCUGAAGAAGCACUUUGACUUCCUGGCUGAGUUCAACGCCAAGGUGGGUGAUGAUCCAUCCACGGGUAUUGACUGGUCCAACGAGAACGACAGGCUGCUGGUGUGCCAGAUGUGCAUUAAACUGGCUGACAUCAAUGGGCCUCUGAAGUGUAAGGACCUGCAUCUGCAGUGGACAGAGGGCAUUGUCAACGAGUUCUAUGAGCAGGGCGAUGAGGAGUCAACCUUGGGCCUUCCCAUCAGCCCUUUCAUGGACCGAGCAGCACCACAGUUGGCCAAACUCCAGGAAUCGUUCAUCACGCACAUCGUGGGGCCGCUGUGUAACUCAUACGAUUCAGCCAGCCUCAUGCCUGGACGAUGGGUGGAACCCAACCCAGAGGCAGAAGAGCCGGAGAUCACGGAGACUGAGGAUGAGGAGGAUACCGCAGAGGAAGACACGUCCACCAGCUCAGAAGCAUCACAGAAAGUAACUCCCAAGAAGAGAAGGAAAGUCUUCUGCCAGAUCACCCAACACCUGCUGGAGAACCACGAGAUGUGGAAGAAGGUGAUCGCAGAGGAGGCGCAGAAACAGGGCCAAGGAGCAGAGUCUGUCCAUUUAAACAAUGUAGCUGAGCCAAUCCUGGCUAUUCACGAGGAGGAAGAGGAGCCAGGCAGCAGAGAGGAGCUAGUAGAAGGAGAGGAUCCAGAGGAGGGGGUGGAGGAGCCGGAGUGGCCCGUGUCUCCGCAGGAAGACUCUAAACCUCCAGAGGAGCUAGAGGAGGGGGACCCACAGUGAAACAGCCCAUGGGAAAUAUGGCGUCAGUCAGGGCAAGGAUGUGAAGAAGUAUUUCUUGUUUUCUUAUCCUAUCAACUGACUCCUGUCUUUGCCAGCACAUCACUUAGACACAACACUGUAGAUGUUUGGGAAAUGUGUGCCUAUACAGAAAAAAAAAAACAGGGUGGCAUAAUUUGUGCUUUACACAUUUUAUCUGAAUAUCUGAUUUCACCAAACAUUUAAAGGAGAUUUCCAUAUUGCAAUACAGGAUUAUUUGUGUACUUUGGGAUACAGACUCUUUUGCUACUGUCAAGAGAAGAGGAAGACUGACUUGCACAGACCUCAACCCAGCGUGGUAACACAGGACUGCAGAAAUUUGCUGCCAAUUUAUACAUAAUUAUUUUCUGAAUGCAAUUAUAUAUAGACACCACAGUUACUUGUACUUGUGUUUCAAUUUUAGCAAGAGUUUUUGAGGUCUCACGUGGACCAUAAUAUGUUUUUUUUUUUCUAUAUAUGGAUUAUAAAGGGAGUCAAUCAAAUGAGGAA